AUUUGUGAACAAAGAAUAGAAUAAAAUCCAUCUACUGUAAUUUACUUUAAUACUGUACAUUUAAAACUGGUGUAAAUGAGCAAAUGUGCCCUGCAACUAGCUGGCUGCCUACCUUGGAUUUGUUCCCCUUUUGCACCUGAUGAAUUGAGUUAAUUAGAAAAUGGAUAAAUAAAUGGCUGUUUCAGGUUUGCCAGACAUGACACAGCACCUGUCAAGAAACUUCGUUGCUGGAUUUCUGUUAAUCCUGCAAGUGACAUUUUCACUGGAAAACAAAUUUGAGCUUGCUGGAUCAGCCACCCCCAUAACUGGCAAACUGGGACAAGCUGUGGUUUUGCCGUGUCAACUCAAACCUAACAUUUCAGCAAAAGCCAUGGAAAUCACUUGGCUUACAGAUGAUGAUAAAACAACAGUGUUUCAGUACAAAGCAGGAUUAGUCCAGGGAGUGAGCGAGCAAUAUAAAGACAGGACCCUCCUGUUUUUGGACGAACUGCCAUCUGGAAAUGUUUCCUUGCUAAUAAUGGAUUUACGUGUCUCAGAUGACAAUAAGUAUAAGUGCUUUGUCUUUGAAAAGGAUUGGUUUAAUGACAUAGUAGUGCAAUUAGCAAUUUCAAAUCUGGGUGACAGGCCCCAGCUUAGUUUGGCCAACAAAGAUGAUGGUGUUACCUUAAAAUGUGAAUCCCUGGGAUGGUACCCAAAACCUGUGUUACAAUGGAGAUCUAUAGCAGGAAAAUCUCUAGCAGGACAUGUUGAAGCUUUGGAAAGUCCAAAUGGGCUUAUUACAAUGUCUAGUCAAAUUGUAAUACCUGAUGACAACAGUGGUGUUAUCUGUUCUAUUCAGGAUGGUCAGAGCAGGAAAAUCUAUAAAUCCCAGGUUUACAUCAAUGAACAUUUCUUUAAAUAUGUUGCGAGUUCAUGGAAGGCACUGGGAAUUAUGUUAAUAUUUUUUCUACUGGCUGCACUUCUCUUGGUUGCUGUAUUUAUGUUUUUCUUCAAAAAAAGCAAAGUAAAGAUAGAAUCUGAAAAGCAGCGUCUUGAAUCGGAGAAUGAUGAACUUCGGAAGGAGAUAAAGGCCACUGGUUAUAUUCUUAAAUCAGAAUGGGAAAGAAUGCGCAAAUCUUGUGCUCGUGUGACUCUGGACCCUGAAACUGCACACCCCCGCCUUGUCGUGUCUGCAGAUGGUCGUUGUGUACAAAAUCAACAUAAAGAUCAGAAUGUCCCUGACACUCCACUCAGGUUUGACACCUGGCACUUUGUCCUGGGGAGGGAGAGUUUCACCUCAGGACAGCACUACUGGGAGGUGGAUGUGAAGAAGAGGGCUGACUGGUAUUUGGGUGUCAUCAGUGAAUCUGCACAGAGGAAAGGACGAGUGAGUCUGAAACCUCAGUCAGGAUACUGGAUUGUGAGGUGGUAUAGUGAUGAGCUGACUGCACUGACUGACCCUGAGACCACACUGCGAUUGAGAGCGAUAUCUCAGAAGGUGGGGGUGUACCUGGAUUGUGAUGAGGGGCGCCUGUCAUUUUACAGUGUGGAGGACCGCUGGCACAUCUACACCUUCAAUGGAGGUGUCACUGGGAAACUGUACCCGCUGUUUGCACCUGGAUGUGAAGGAGAAGAGCUGGAGAUCCUGCAGCCUGGAGAUAAAACAAACAACUCUGAUAAGCACAAGGAGGUUGUCUAACAGAGAUUAUACCACAGAUAUUUUUUAUGGAUUUGUUUUUAAAUCUCUGCAGUUUUGUUUCAUGAAGAAUUAAUGUGGAUUGCCAUUAAGUGCAGUGCAUUGCAGCUACUAGACUUGUACUCUCAUGUGUUUGCUUUGUAUCAGUGUUUGACAAAACUAAGCCAAGAGACAGAAGUGCACUGCCCGGACACUUGAACAAGAUAAGGUCUGGUAAGGAGUGGGAUAACACAUAUAUCAUAGACUUUGAAAUGAAAAAGAAUAUUUUAGUCAUUUAACAUGUGCACGUGUGCUUACAUAAGACAACAAUUGGGCAAGACAAAGAGAUUUUAUUGUGUUUAAUUGUAUCAGUUCUUCUGUCUUUACUUCAUUUGACUGACAUUUAACCUGCAAGUAGAAAACUUUUGGAUAUCUGGAUCUGUUCUGCUCUCCAGAAAUGCUCUCCAUGUGCAGUUCAAUGAAAAAUGAUCAAGUUUUGGUUUAAGACAAUGGAAGAACUUUCAUCAGUCUCCUGAAAUGUGUGUGUUGUAAUUUGUUAUCAGUCAAAGUCAAUCAUUCAGAUUAAUUUUAGAAUUAUUUUAUUGUAUUCUGGCAUUAACCUCCUGAUAUUCCCAAGAUCUGUUUGACCAAUACAACUUUUUCUGCUUAAUUUUCACAAGAGGAUAAAACAACAAUAAAAUCUUUAAUGGAAAAGA